AUGUCAGAAGUUGAAGAAUCGUCAAAGACACAAUUCAGUACCUCCAUACCUACACAAAAUAUUGAACAGCAGCCGCCACAAUCACAACAAAAAAAUCAAUCUUCAUCGCAAAAACCAAAAAGACGUGCAAAUGUAAUCGGCGCCGGUGUCUCGGGUUUAACUACUGCACUUCUUCUACAGCGAAAUGGCUACCAGACGACCAUUCUAGCAGAAUUUUUUCCAGGGGAUUUAAGCAUUCGGUAUGGAAGUCCGUGGGCUGGCGCGGACUGGCGGUCGAAUGUUGAAAUGGAUGAUGCACAGUUGCAAAAAUUUGAAGCGUAUAGCUUCAAAACUUUAUGGAAGUUGUCGAAUGUCGCGCCCGAUGCCGGAAUUAAAAUUGUAACAAUUUAUGAUUAUGUCGACAAAAAACCAAAACUGAGAAGAGAUCAGCCUUGGUUUAAGAAAAUAGUGCCUAAUUUCAAAGUACUCCGUAAACCUCAUUUACCAGCAAACUGUGAAUUCGGCGUUUCAUAUACUACGGUGUCAUUGAACGUGCCAAAAUAUUUGCGCUGGUUACUGAAUCAAUUCAAAGAAUCCGGUGGUCAAACAGUCAACAAACGGUUAGCACAUAUUAAAGAAGCGUUUGGUCCGGACAUCGACGUAGUCGUCAAUUGUUCUGGGGUUAGUGCUCGAACUUUGGGUGGAGUUGAAGAUGAAGCAGUUUAUCCGACUCGUGGACAAACAGUGGUUGUUUGGGCACCUCAUGUGAAAUCUAUCGUAACUAAACGAUCGACUGUGGCCGGUAAUUACGACAUUACGUAUCUAAUCCCAAGGGAUGAUGGGCAAGUUAUUCUUGGAGGCACUUUCCAACCUAACGAUUACAAUUCAGAACCCGAUGAAAAAGUCGCAAGAGAAAUAAUACAAAAAUGUGACGAACUUUGUCCGGAACUUACGCACGGAAAAGGUAUACGAAGUCUUGAAAUCACCUCGCAUAAUGUUGGAUUGAGACCUUCAAGAAAAGGUGGAAUACGAAUCGAAACGGAAUAUAGAAAGAGGGAUGACGGUUCAGAAAUUCUUGUAUGCCAUAACUAUGGCCAUCAUUCAUACGGAUAUACUUCAAGUUGGGGCGUAAGCUGUGAAGCAUUCAAUCUUAUCGAAACAGCAUUUGCCAAACGACAAGAAUUUGAAGUUGCAUUCACCAACGAUAAUAGUAAAACGGAUCAAAUGGUAGAAAAGUCCGAGUCAAAGUUGUAG